AGACUGUUAAUUUAUUAAAAGCAAAUUAGAUACGUUUAUAGACAUUUAGAAAUUCAUGAACAUUUUUAAUUUAGUCACUCAAAUUUCAUACUGGCUUCAUUAAAAACAAAAUAAGCAUUUAAUUUUCAAAACAGCUAAAUAUUGUUUUUUUCAAAUGCGCAUAUAACAGAUGUGUUACGGCCACCCGGUAGCACUGAGUGUAGCGUGCCGUAAAGAUUCGACUUGACGCGCAUAUGCACUUUCUCCGGACCGUGCGCGUUCACGCGUGUGCCGGGCUGUUGCGGGCUGAAAUUUGUCUGUCGCCAUCAACCAUCGCAAUUUAUAAAUGCAAAUAGGUUUUAGGAAAGUCAAGACAAACAGGUUGAGCUUGUCACAGGUGUCUUUCAACCAACCAAAUACGUUACUGCAGCAAGAAAAACACACGGAAGUAGAUGUGUUGCCUAAAUCGUAUGCUUUAAUCACUUUUUAAGGAGGAUUAAUGCUCUUUAUUAAAGUGACUUUGCUUUCAUUUCUAUGGUUUGUCCCAUUCACUUGCUAAUACAAACAUGAAUCAUAUGAAGUUAAUGAAAUUGAUCGUCGCCUGCUUGGUGGUUGUUGCCAUGGUGAAAUUUUUCUUCAGCCCCAGCUCAUACAAUGAGAGCUAUGAAACAAACAGCCAAGUCAUACAAGGUGGGAAAUUCUGGGCUCAACAACAUAUUCCUCAGGGGAAAUUACCUGAAAGUCAGGAGGCUCCUGUCGUCAUAGACCCAAUCCCAGAAAGCCGUCAUGUCCAAAUCAAGGAAGAAGAGUUGCCGUCAGUCAUACGGUCUGCAGAUUAUAAAGUUACAGAAACACAAAAGAUUGUACAUUUGGAUCUGAAGGGCGCCGCACCUAAAGUCAAGUAUUUUGAAGAGAUAUUCCCUUUAUUCUCAUCUCUGGGUGCUACUGGAAUAUUGCUGGAAUAUGAGGACAUGUUUCCCUACGAGGGGGAACUUGAAAUUCUUAGAUCAACAUUUGCAUACAGUGCGGAAGAUAUAGAGCAAAUAAAGUCUCUGGCCAAACGCAAUCAGCUAGAAGUGAUUCCUCUGGUGCAGGUUUUUGGACACUUGGAGUUUGUGUUAAAACACGAGAAGUAUUUUCACUUGAGAGAGGUGCCAACCUAUCCCAAUAGCCUAAACUCUCUUGCUCCAGGAAGCUUGGAGCUUGUAAAAGAAAUGUUAACGCAGGUUAUGCGGAAGCACCCGGAAGCUCGAUGGUUUCACAUAGGUGCUGAUGAAGUACGUGGCCUGGGUGACAGCGAGGACUCGAAACGCUGGUUGGAAGUCAAUCAUGGAGACAAGGGGAAGCUGUUUCUCAAUCACGUGACCGCAGUGGGGCGUUUCAUGGUGGCACAGCAACCAGGAAUCAGGCUUAUCUUGUGGGAUGACAUGUUUAGGAAACUCAGCCCUGAAUCUAUAAAAGAGUCAGACUUACACAACCUUGCUUCCCCCAUGAUUUGGAACUAUGAUCCAAAAAUGGACGUGCGUGAAAUAGGUAACCUUAUCUUUAAAUAUGAGCUAGCUGAAUUUCAGACUGUGUGGUUUGCUAGCGCAUUUAAAGGAGCUUCUGGGGUUGAUCAGAUUAUGACUCCGAUAGAUCAUCAUUUACAAAAUCAUCUAAAGUGGCAAAACGUCAUUGAAUCAAUGGCAGAGCAUAAGUCUUUGCAUUUCCAGGGCAUUGCGUUGACCGGCUGGCAGAGGUACGAGCAUCACACUGUUUUGUGUGAACUGUUGCCAGUUGGCAUACCAUCUCUCGCUGUUUGUCUUCAGGCACUGAAACACGGUGCAUUUAAUGAGGCGGCACAGAAGGAGGUGCAGCAAAUGCUGGGCUGUGAAGUUGAGCUGAGCAAAAACGAAUGUAAGGGUCCAACCUUUCCUGGUGCAAAAAUUUAUGAAAUGGUAAAGAAGAUCAGCAGCAGUCUUGCCAGUUCGAUUGAAAAGCUUUUGAAAGACUACCACAUCAGAGGCUCAUUUAGUCCUUAUCAUCGCAAACGCAACUUUGGAAACCCUCGAAAUCUAGGAUUUUUCAAAAAUUCACUAAAAAUAUCCCUGGAUGAAUGGGACACAUUUUUGCUGACUUUCCGGCGAAGCAUGGAGGACAUAUUUUUCCCGGACACUUUAGAGGAAUGGAUGGAAGAGAAUGUCAACGAACACAUAGAAAAACUUCACCAAAUGGUGGUUGACGUAGAGCGAAUUAUUAAACUUAACGGACAGGCAAAGGCCGAGCCUGCGAAAAUGAGAUGAAAACAGACAUUUCAGACAGAAUGCAACUCCCACUGACAUUAGAGGAAUAUCUCACCUUAUUUACUGGAGGCAUCGCUCGAAAUGAUGUCACUGUCAGAAACACAGAAAAAAUCAUAUAAUAUAAAAACAAAAAU